ACUAGAUAUUCUUUACGUUCUAGUUUUCGACAUGGACAUUACAAAAUCAUCAGGAUACAGAGAUUUCAUAUGGGCAGUUAAUCUACAUCGUUUAGGUUUCGAAAUGGUGGGAUUAUGGCCUAAUUCCAACGAAUGUACUAAGAAAAGUUUGUGGUCCGAAAUAUGGGUCGGCAUUAUUUUCAUUUUAUUAAUAUUUGUUUCUAAUGUUCCGAUGAUAUGUGCAGUUAUAGAAGUUUGGGGUAAUAUGGUACUUGUAAUAAACAAUUUACAAACAGUAUUACCCGAAAUAACAGCAUCAGUGAAAUACGUUAUCCUACUACGAAAACGAAAAGUUCUCUUUUCAAUCGUAAAUAUGAUGGCAGAAGAUUGGGUGGCAUUCAAGCUGGAUGGAGAAAGAGAUGUGAUGAUAAAACGUGCACAAACAGCGCGAUUAAUUAUGAUGAUUGGAUAUAUUUUCAUAACAAUAGGGUUUCUCACAGUUAUUGUUCUUCCUUCUUUUGACAUUCAAGUAACAUAUGCAACGAAUUCCACGGAUAGACGCAAAAUGCUACCGCUGGAAACAUAUCACUUCUAUGAUACAGAUAAAAGUCCGCAAUUUGAGUUGACAUUUUUCAUUCAUAUCGUAACGAUUUUGUUAUCAACUAACAUUUACAUGUCUGUAGAUAUUUUUCUAAUACUAACGAUUCUUCACAUUUGUGGUCAGUUAGAAAAUUUUAGAUGUCGAUUAAUUAAUUUGAUCUUAUGCAAAAAUUUUAAUAAAAUUUUGAACAAUAUGGUAGAGACCCAUUUACGUCUUAUCAGGUAUGAAUUUUUAUGA